AUGAAGUGUCUAGACCGAGUCGUCAAUAUCAUACAUGUGGAUAUUUCAGCUGGCCUAGUGGGCGCCAUUGGUCCCGGGACUUAUUUUGGUCUCUCCGGUCUCUCCGGCCUUCUGGAGUAUACUGCUCUGCAGGAAGCGCAAGACAUGCUUGUUCAAAGUGGUGGUAGUGUUCUGCACAGCAUCUAA